CUCCUCCGCCCUCCUUUCCGGGCCUUCCCUCCUAAGGGGGCGUUGCAUCCGCCGACCGCCCGACGCGCCCGCCGCCUUCUGGCUCGAGUGCGAAGGGAGGGCCACCAGGCGAGCACCCGUACAAGACACACUGACGGGCGUUGACGCGCCCGUGCGAUGCCAGAGCCGAUGCAGCUACGGCGCAGGCGCGCUGCCGUGCUCUCGGCGGCAGGGCUCCUCGGGGCCCUGUGGGCCGGCGGCGCGUUCGCGGCCGGGGCGGCGGCGCGCGCCGGCGGCCGCGGCCGGCGGAAAGCGCAGUGCGUGCAGUGCCAUCGGGCGGGGCUGCAGGAGCAGGACACAGCGUUCCCGGGGCCUCGCCUGUCCUGGUCCCGGGGCCUCGUGGCUCGUGGCCCGUGCUCGUGCCCGUCGUCGUGCCUCGCGGCCCGUGCAGUUGGUACGGCCUCGGCGCCGCCUCGCCCCGCCAACUCCGCAAGGCGGGAAGAUAACCGCAUUGCCAACAUCCCGCAGCGCGAAGGCAAGCGCGCGGUCGUGUGCUGCGCGGCCGGGCGGAUCGCCACCGAGCGCCAGUUCUUGCCGCUCGCCGCCCCAGCCGCGCCGCCAACGCCCGUGCCCUCGGCUCGUGCGGCGGCGCCCGUGCCCGAGCUGGCGGCCCACCUGGCGCCCAACUCCGUGCAGGAAGCCGUCCCGGUGCUGGCGGUGCCCGCGCCAGCGGUGACGCCCGCGCGCGCCCCCCGCGCGGGCGGCGCCGCCCGCCUCGUGGGCGGCAGGCGCUUCUCGCGGGCGCGGGCGAGGGCAUCCCGCUCGGCGCGCGGCGCGCGCUGCUCGCGCCGCGCCGCGGGUGCCAGGCUGGCGCCGCGUCAGGAGGUGGAGCCCGUGGCAGUGCCGUAUGACCCGAGCCGUGUGCGCGUGCAGGUGCAGCUGGGGCUGCGCGUGCUGCAGGGCCCGCAGAUCCCCUCCGCCCGCCAGGCGAGGGCGCUGUCGGCAAGCGGCCUAAGCAACACAGCAGGCGAAUUAGUAUCUACCGACUUCUACAUCGACUUCGGACAUUGA